AACAACAAUAAGGAAGUGCUACAGGAAGUCCCGAGGUGCAAAAUGAAACGGUCACGCUAAAUAUGUCAGGACUGGAUUAUUACCUUCGCCGCGAAUAAAUUGGGAUUAUAAUGCAAUAGCGUUUGUUUUUCACAAGCGACACUAGCGAUGGAGGGCUCCAAGUCGUCGAGCACGACCAUGCAGGUCAGCUUCGUGUGUCAGCGGUGCUGCCAGCCGCUCAAGCUGGACACGUCCUUCAAUGUGCUCGAUCGGGUCACUAUACAGGAGCUUAUCGCCCCGCUGGUCACAGUGACCCCCAGCAAACAGGCUGACAGCAGCGAAGGACAGACAGCCCCGGAGGAGACUUUUGCGGAAAACAAGCAAGAUGGAGUAUCAAGAAAAUACAUCCCUCCAGCCAGAAUGAUGUCAACAGAGAGCGCCAACAGUUUCACGCUGAUUGGAGAAGCAUCUGAUGGCGGCACAAUGGAAAAUCUCAGCCGCAGACUGAAGGUAACCAGUGACCUGUUUGACAUCAUGUCGGGCCAGACAGAUGUGGACCACCCGCUGUGUGAGGAAUGUACCGACACUCUGCUGGACCACCUGGACACACAGCUCAACAUCACAGAGAACGAAUGCCAGAAUUACAAGCAGUGUCUGGAGCUGCUGUCACACCUACAGGUGGAGGAGGAGGAGACGCUGCUGGCGGAGCUGCAGCAGCUGAAGGAGGAGGAAGAGGCUCUGGUGCAGGAGCUGGAGGCGGUGGAGGACCAGAGGGCUGCUGUGGCCCAGGAUCUUACUCAGAGCAGGGUCCACUCGCAGCAGCUGGACACAGAGGAGCUCCAGUACCAGAAGGAGUACAGCGAGUUCAAACGGCAGCAGCUAGAGCUGGAUGACGAGCUGAAGAGCGUCGACAACCAGAUGCGUUACUGCCAGAUUCAGCUAGAUCGGCUGAAAAAGACCAACGUCUUCAACGCUACGUUUCACAUCUGGCACAGCGGCCAGUUUGGUACCAUCAACAACUUCCGUCUGGGUCGACUUCCCAGCGUCCCCGUGGAGUGGAAUGAGAUAAACGCAGCCUGGGGGCAGACGGUGCUGCUGCUGCACGCUCUGGCCAACAAAAUGGGGCUGCGCUUCCAGAGAUAUCGUCUGGUGCCAUAUGGGAACCACUCAUACUUAGAGUCGCUGACGGACAAGUCAAAGGAGCUUCCGCUGUACUGCUCAGGCGGCUUGAGGUUCUUCUGGGACAAUAAGUUCGAUCAUGCCAUGGUGGCCUUCCUGGAUUGUGUCCAGCAGUUCAAAGAAGAGGUGGAAAAAGGAGACACUGGCUUCUGCCUCCCAUACAGGAUGGAUGUGGAGAAAGGCAAGAUUGAAGAUACAGGCGGCAGCGGAGGCUCCUACUCCAUCAAAACCCAGUUUAACUCCGAGGAGCAGUGGACCAAAGCUCUCAAGUUCAUGCUCACCAACCUGAAGUGGGGCCUGGCCUGGGUCACCUCACAGUUCUACAACAGAUAGACCUGCUGGACAAUUCCUCGAUGUAUCGACUUCACAACAGUCAGAUGCAUCUCUGAUAAAUGGAUGUCAUGUUUUGUGGAUACUUAGCCAAAGGAAGAGAAAUGGUUACGUUUGCAGGAUUCUCUGCACUAAAAGCAUCGAGCAGUGUCAACAGCUUCAGUCCAGAUUGUGUUUCUACAUGUUACAGACGGGUCACCUCAACCCAUUUUGCUGCAGAGCGGAGAAAAUGAUUUGUGGGCCCAUUACGGACGCAUUACAGGCAAAGCAGGACAACAUUUUAACACUUUAAUGUCUCAUUUUGGUUUCUGCUUCACUAAUUAAGAGCUGGCAUUUUCUGAAAGGCUGAUGUCACAUGAAAACAAUUUCACACUUCUUCAGACUAAAAUGUGCUUUGAAAGAAAUCCCCGCUCCAACCUUUUGUUUCCAGUUUAAGCCGUCCUCCGUCACCCGCUGCACAUUUUGAAGUCGUUUUUCCACAAACAUAAAAGCUGUAAGAGUGCGAUGUGAUACUUACAGUUAAAGUAGACUUUUUAUUAGAUUACAGCCGAGGAUUCAAAGUGUCAGCAUUUCAAUAACGUUGAAUGCAACUAACAGAUUUGUCAGAUGUUAAAGGUGCACUGAUAACUUUGUGUUCAUACUCUUGCACCAUCACAUGUAUUUUUCCGUUUUAGAUAUCGGAAACUUUUAAUGGUGAGAUUGAGUUAAUAAAAUUUUUAUGCAGUGAAAAAA